UCCUGAGCAGAGACAGCAUAGUAAGAAAAGGAGCAUUGGGUACCUCAGGGAGGAGGAGGCAUGGUGCAGCUACAGACAAGUGUCUGUCCACUCAAGGAUGACACUGAACCAUACUUCAUUGGAAUAUUUUGUUUUGAGGCUGGAAUUAAAAUUAUUGCCUUAGGAUUUGCUUUCCACAAGGGAUCCUACCUAAGGAAUGGGUGGAAUGUGAUGGAUUUUGUGGUGGUUCUCACGGGCAUCUUGUCAACAGUUGGUACUGAAUUUGACUUGCGAACUUUGCGGGCGGUUCGUGUACUCCGGCCGCUGAAGUUAGUGUCAGGAAUCCCAAGUUUACAAGUUGUCCUUAAAUCCAUAAUGAAGGCCAUGAUACCUCUGCUACAAAUUGGCCUCCUCCUAUUUUUUGCAAUCCUUAUUUUUGCAAUCAUAGGGUUAGAAUUUUAUUUGGGGAAAUUUCACACCGCCUGCAAGGAUAUUCAUACAGAUGAAAUCAUGCAAGAAGCUCCAUGUGGGAAGGAAGCACCGUCACGCCUCUGCCCUAAUGGGACGGAGUGUAAAGAAUACUGGCAAGGACCCAACUAUGGGAUCACACAGUUUGAUAACAUCCUCUUCGCUGUGCUGACUGUCUUCCAGUGUAUCACCAUGGAAGGGUGGACUAACCUCCUCUAUUAUAGCAACGAUGCCUCAGGGAGUGCUUGGAACUGGCUAUACUUCAUCCCUCUCAUCAUCAUUGGAUCCUUUUUUAUGCUCAACCUUGUGCUAGGGGUGCUUUCUGGGGAGUUUGCCAAAGAAAGGGAGCGAGUAGAAAAUCGGCGUGCAUUUCUGAAGCUGAGAAGACAACAGCAAAUUGAACGGGAGCUCAAUGGCUAUAUGGAGUGGAUCUCCAAAGCAGAAGAAGUCAUCCUGGCUGAAGAUGACAUAGAAGGAGAGCCUCGCCAUCCCUUCGAUGGUUCACCUUUUGCUCGAGCCAGCAUCAAAAGUGUCACGCUGGAAAAUGCUACUUUCUUUCACAAAAAAGAGCGGAGGUUGCGUUUCUAUAUCCGUCGUAUUGUCAAAACUCAGGCCUUUUACUGGACAGUCCUCAGUCUGGUAGCUCUCAACACUUUGUGUGUUGCUAUAGUACAUUACAACCAGCCAGAUUGGCUAUCUGACUUCCUCUGUAAGUAG